AUGACACUAGACUAUGAAGAACCAUGGGGUCUCCGAUGGCGAUCAUCCCCAUACUUUAUUGUCACAGCCCUGGCGGUGGCCUUGCUCACUGAUGAAUAUCUCUAUGGAUUCCUUGUUCCAAUCUUUCCUUUCAUUGUGGAGACUCGCUUGGGCAUUGAUGCGUCGCUCACCCAGCGGAUCAGCCUUGCGAUGCUUUCCGAGAGUGCGCUGGUCAGUGUUAUAGCAAGUCCAAUAAUUGGGCACUAUGCGGACCGAUCUGAUAAAAAGCGGGCUUGGCUAUUGUCUGGACUUGCAGUUGCCUUGCUAGGCUCGUUGAUUCUCGCCCUGGCCAAUUCAUUAUUUGCUCUUUUUGCCGGGCGAUUGAUGCAGGCACUUGGAAGUGCCUGUGUUUGGGUCAUUAGCUUUGCAACGAUUGCCGAUCAGGUACCAGCAGAUGACCUAGGUAAAGUGUAUGGCUUCGUGGCAAUUGCUAUUUCCGUCGGCACAUCCGGUGGUCCGCUUGUGGCUGGGAUCUUAUUUGACCUUGGUGGCUAUUGGACUGCCUGGUCUAGUGUCCUUGUAGUCAUUGUGUUUGAUAUCGUUUUCCGAAUUUUGAUACUAGAGAAAUCGCAGCCUGAGCCAAUUACGGUAAAGGCGGGCACUGACGCAGAGAGAGAUGCUCUCAUUCCACCAUCGACAAGUUCGGACAACCAUGAACACCCAACUGUUGACGAAAAGACAGGGCUAGAGUUCUAUCUCUACUUGUUUCGUAACGGUCGCUUCUUUGGUGGAGUGGUCAGCUAUUUCUGCUUCGCCCUUCUAACCACCAGCUUCGAUACGACUCUUCCGCUUCAUGUGCGCGACACCUUUCACUGGAAGAGCCUCCCGGCCGGUCUCUUGUUUGCCGCAUUUCAGGGUCCUGCCGUGUUCCUUGCGGUCCCUGUAGGAUGGCUGAAGGAUAAAGUGGGCACGCGACACCCAACAGCGAUUGGAUUUCUUCUCCUUGUCCCUACAUUGUGGAUGAUCGGAGUACCAGGAGACGCGAGAUUCCCCUGGGCAAAUCGGGGCGAUCUUGGCCAGAUUUUAUACAGCGUUGCGGUUACCUGUGCCGGGGUUGUGAUUUGUCUGCUGAACGGGGUAGGGAUGAUGGAAGCCACUCAGGCCGUCGAGGAGAUUCAAGAGGCCCACCCAGGAAUCUUCGGCCCCAAUGGAGGAUAUUCCAGAGCAAUCUCAGCAGUCAGCGUUAGCUGGACUCUGGGGAUGUUCUUCGGCCCCAUUCUCGCGGGAUAUGCCACGGAGCAAAUUGGAUACUAUGAGAUGAACUGUUUGUUAGGUUUGUCGCCCCUGUCAAAAUUCUUCAGCCUAUGUCGGCGCUGA